UGAUCAUCUCUGCCGGGCAUUUUCAGAUUCUAUCUUCGUUUCUGUUCUUGCUCUGAGCAUGGCGCUGACGCAGGAGUCCAUUCUGUCGUUUUUGCUCGACCGUGGCGGGAAGGUGAGGAACUCGGAUCUGGUGAACCACUUCAGGGGUCACAUCCACAGCAGCGAUCCCGCGGAAAAGCAGCACAAUAGGGAGCUCUUCAAGACGCUGGUCAACAGCGUCGCCGUGGUGCGCACCGUCGACCAGGUCACGUUUGUGGUGGUGAAGAAACGGUACCAGGACUUCGUGAGAGAUCACGAUGCUUCCCCCAGACAGGAGUCCAGACUGGCGACCCCCCUGCGGACUGACGGGAUGCUCAGCUCCGACCUGGAAAACAAUAACUGCCCUUCGCAAAUCAACGGUAACUUCUGUCGGCAAAGCCUUCAACAUGAUCCGGAUACGACUUUGAAAGUCCUGAAUAUAUCUGGAGACCGCGCCAAACGAAAAUCGGGGCCAGUGUUUGCAGUCAUAGCAGUCAAAUCACCCCCAAAAUUACCAGCACAGCAAGAUGGAACCCCACAAAAUUCAGACAGUUCCAUCAACAAGUUACCUUCACUAUCAAACCUCAACGUUGUUUCCUCUUUCAAAGCCCCACAGUGUUUAGACUCAUCAAGUGUCCCAGAGGAGAAAGCCUUGACCAAGACCACCAGACUGGGAGAGGACGUCUGCUCGGAGUCGGUUCCUCUUGAUCCACAGGCUCACGAGUGGCUGGUCAAGUGUGCCAGCGGACUCUGGGGUCAGGUCAGCCGCUUACUCCAGCAGGACCCUGGUCUGGCUCACAAAAUGGACUUCAUAUCCGGGUUCACAGCCUUGCAUUGGGCUGCCAAGUCCGGCAACAGCCAGAUGAUCCAGAAGCUUGUGGACACCUCCAGAAGAAGUGGCUCAUGCAUCAACAUCAACAGCCGAGCCCACGGUGGAUACACCCCCCUGCACAUUGCUGCCAUCCACGGACACUCUGGUGUGAUGCUGCUGCUGGUGAGGAGAUACGGAGCCAACGUCAACAUCCGAGACAACGAUGGGAAGAAGGCCUGCCACUAUCUGAGGAAAGGUGCUUCAGCGGAGGUGAGGGCUCUGCUCGGAGGACUGCUCCACAGCAAGAAGACAGAAGACGAGCUCUGCAGAGAGCAGCACAAGGGCUUCAACACCAUCAGUAAACUCUUCCAGCCUCAUACCAACAGGAAGCAGAAGUACAGUGCCAGGUUUGCUCACGACUGGUGACACCUGUGCUCAAGGGAAUUUCCUCUCACAGUCUAAAAAUAUGCUCCAUUUUUUGAGUACGAUACAGAUGGUUGACCAUAGUGUCCUCCCUACAAUCUCUCAGUUAAAUGCAGAAAUAAAUGUCAAAGCUUAUUUGUGGAGUGUGAACCGUUCAAUAACUUUGUUUCAAAAAGUGUGUGGAAGGAUGUUUAUCACUGUGACAUGCUGUAUGUUCUUUUUUCCCCUCCCAGAAUUCAGCUCUUUCUCUCACAUUAUGGCUGAUUAUGAUCAAGCAAAUAAGAACUCACAUGAAAGUAACUAUUUUUACAUGACCAACGGUGCAUACAUGAUAAAUAGGCUACAACUAGGACCACAGGUCAAUACACACAGUAGCAUUUUAAUGAUCAUAUUGUAAAUAUUUAGUGCAAGCUGUUAUAUACCUGUGAAUAUACCUGUGCAAAGCAACAAGUAAUGUGAUUAAAAACUAGAACCUUUUCUAAAUGAAGUUAUUUCCCUCCAUCUUUAUGUGUUUGGUCUAAAUAGCGCUUCUGUAAUUUACAUUAAAUGCAACGCUGGGUUUAAAUAUAAUGAGCUGUGUAUGUAUUUAAGUAUUUUUAAUUGGUGCAUGUAUCAUGAAACAUUUGUUUUUUUGCAAAAUGAAGUGUAUAGAAAAUGUCCAACUGCUCCAGUUGGACAUUUUCUGGUAAAUUCUUUCAAAACAGGCAUGAAGGGUGAACUCUGCUGCGUGGCAGCGUCUUCUUCAUCAUCCCCCUUUGCAAAUCCAAAGUCUGACCAGAACCCUGUCAUAAGGAAUGUGGGCCCCAUUCUGGCCUGGUGCAGUUGAAAAGAACAAAGACACAAUGAGAGGGGAGGCUCACUAGUUGCAGAAACGUCUCAUGUAUUUCCCACUAGUGAAGAAUUGUGCAGAUCAAGGUAUAAAAGAUCCCACAUGAUCUGAAUAAAAAC